AUCAACACUGUCAAAGGAGGAGGGAGAAGGGAAGGAGGAAGAAGGAAGGAGUAAAUAGGAGAGGGAUAUUGUGCAGCAGGUGAGGGUGGAGUUAAAGCACAGAAGGCUGAAUAAAGACAGACAGAGCAGCACACUGAUCCCCUGAGCCUGACAAACACCUGAGAACAACAAGACAGUGGAGAUCUGAACAACACAGCUGAGCCCGGGCUCCACGUUCAGCUGGGAAGAUGCAUGAAAAGUGCCUGACUGCAGUAACAGGAUUUCACUUUUGAUUCAUUUUCUUUUGGGUGUUAAGAGUCAACUGCAGGCAGCGAGGAUGUCUUCAGUAUCAAAUGCAGACUUUCAGUGCAAAAAAGGAGACACUGCCUGUGAGAUCCGAGUAUAUGAACAGGAGGUGAUCGUCGUGCCCGUCCUUCUGCUGGCCAGCUUUCUGGUAACUCUGGUCUUCAUUUUAUUGCUGCGCUUUUGUCCAGAGAGAGUCGAUCGUCUCCGUCCAAAGCCAAAGGAAACUUCCAGGAAGAACCUGCAAGGCAUUGAUGCUCCAUCAGGUAUCAAUGUUCUGGAACAUGAAAGCAUGGUUUCAGACAAGCCCAGUACCUACUCCACUUUCCACCCCCCGCACACCUAUGUUAACAAAGCAUUCUCCCCUUCUGUGGAGACACACCCUCAGCCCCUCAGUCCCCCUCUGCAAGGGGAUUUCAAGCCCAAUUUCCCUCUGCCACCCCAGCCCAGAGAGUUGCCCCGCCAGAGGCUCCCUGAGUCCUUCAACCUGGUCACGCCUCUGCCUGCUGCCUUCUCCCUGCGCACAGAGUCCUCUGUGUCCCUCUACAGGGCCCGUAUGGAAAACAGGAAUGUGGUUCUGCGGGUGUUAAAUGACACAGCUGAUGCCACAGAAAGACACAGCUUCCUGGGAUUCGCAUCCUUCCUGGCCCAGCUCGGACCACAUCCGUUCCUGCCUGAGCUUCUGGGUGUGGUGUCAAUCCGAGCUCCUCUGGUUACAGUUGUGGAAGAGCUGGAAAACAGAGACCUGCUCAGCUUCUUGUGGAGAUGCAGAGAGGCCCAUGUGGAUCCUCCAUGUGAAAUGACAGAGAAACGAAUAUUUACCAUGGUAAACCAGGUGGCCUGUGCACUGGAGUUCCUUCACAGCAAAGACCUGCUCCACGGAAACAUCCGUGCCCAUAGUGUCCUGAUCAGUAAGCAGUUCACAGCCAAGCUUUGGGGCCUACACGGAGUCUACACACGAAAGAACCCAGGAGCCUCCCAGAAGGAGGAUCCAAGCAUGAAGAAAUGGCAGGCACCAGAGCUGCUGGCCAAGAGGCCUGCCAGUGAGAAAAGUGACAUCUGGUCCUUUGGGAUCUUAUUGUAUGAAAUGGCAACUUUGGGUGAAGCUCCGUUUGCAGAGAUCCCAGUUAAUGAGCUUCUGCAGUUCCAUCAGCGAGGAAAAAGUCUCAAAAAACCAUCCAACUGCUCCAACGCACUGUACACCAUCAUUAAGAGUUGCUGCCAGUGGAGGGAUCAAGAUCGACCUACUCUGGCUGAAGUGAGCAAGAAGCUGGUUUUGGGAGAGAAGAGUGCCUCUGACAAGGUCAUCAAGGUAUCUGAGACAGUUAACAUUGAGCGGUACCUUCAAGAAGCAGGAUAUGGAGAAACCAACAGCUACACUGUUUUCUGAUUGCUGCCAUUCUCAGCAAAAGCACUUUUAGAAAAAAGAAAGAAAAAAAAAAAACCUUUCAGAUGCAAUAAAAUAGCUUCAAACUCUGGGUAUGAUCACUCUGGGCAAUUAAAUUGUUCCUUUUUCAUUUUUCAUAAGUUAACUUUGGGAACCAUUAUUUUUUUAUUUCUUUCAGUGUGUUUUGUCCGUACCAAUAUCUCUAAGGUUCAGUUGGAGAAAUAAAACCUGUAACAGACAUUUGGACCUGUAAACCUGACCAACAUACAGCUUCAUCCUGAACUUGUGGUUAACUUGAUGGUUUGCAAAAUCGUAUUUGAAGAUGCUAAUGUAUGUUAACAGAACUAAUAUAUAUUUUUACAUUUUUGCAUGAUUUCAUAUCAGGCAUAGUUAUGGAAAUGAAGGACAUAAUGUAACUUUGCCAUUUUUACUAUUAUAAAUUAUGUUUAUGUGAUCAUCUAUGAGUAUGAAAAACUGUUUAC